AACACAUUUUGAGAGGCAGUCGUCUCCAAAGUUGGACACAAUAAGGGUGGAUGUUUGUAUGGAUGCGGUUGACUGCAUGUAGAUUUAGGACCCUGGCCUGAUGGAAAAGAGAGACAGGAAGCCGGGAUAUUUUGCCAGGCUGAAGAGGCGGAGACAGCUCAAGCAGAGCCAAUCGGAGAGGAAUGUGAAUGAGCAUAACCAGGUAAUUAUCUCCUGUCCAGACAUCCAAAAUGACAGCGACCCCAACAACCUAAGAGACCUACAGAGAGUAACAGCAAAGCCACCUGCAGGUUCAGAUGAUAUCUGUAAAAGUAACAGUCAGACAAAGAGGGACAAGAGGAGGCCACCAGGGACUGUGGAAUUUAUUGUAGGACCUAAUGAUUCCCUCAACAGCAUCGCACUUAAUUUCAAUAUCACCCCAAACAAGCUGGUCCAGCUGAACAAGCUCUUCUCUCGCAGCGUCUACCCUGGUCAGAAGCUGUUUGUCCCUGAUGUGAGCCAGACAGACAAAGACUUAAAGUCUCCAACUUCCUCUGAUCCCAUCUUCACAAAUGACUUGUCUGACAAAGCAUCAGAUGGCAUUUCAGACUGCAGGUCGGCAAAGUCCAUCCGGCGUGAGCGCUCACCAAACUCAGAGGACGAGAGCCCGGCAACGGUUAAAUUCAUUAAGAUGAGCUGCAAAUAUUUCACUGAUGGCAUGGGAGUGGUGGGAGGCGUGUUGAUUGUGACCCCGAACAACAUCAUGUUUGACCCCCACAAAUCUGACCCCCUGGUGAUCGAGCAUGGCUGUGAGGAGUAUGGCCUCAUCUGCCCCAUGGAGGAGGUUGUGUCUGUGGCGCUGUAUGAUGACAUGUCACGUAUGAAGCUCAAAGACGCCCUGCCGUCAGACCUACCACAGGAUCUGUGUCCUGUGUACAGGCCUGGCGAGUGGGAGCAGCUGCCAUCAGAGCGGGACCUGAACCCCUUCAGCCGCUACGAAGCUCUGGAUCCAAAGCGGCCUAUUGUUUUGGACGACAUUGAAUCCACCCUCUCUGAAACUGCGAGUACACAGGGCGAGCCGACAGAGAAGUCUCCAUCAGAUGAAGGAUUCACAGAGUUGGAGCUGACCAUCAACGGGAGCACUGAGAAGUUGAAGGGAACACCCCCCAGCACACCCAGCGAUGUCAGCAGGGACCAACAGGAACUCCUAGGACUAAGCUACCCAGGCCUGGGAGGGUCUCUUGACAAGUCACAGCUUUGUCUAACUAAAGGGAAACUGGAUAAUGAAAAAGAUGAAGGUCUAGCUCAGAACAGCUCAAAUGAGGAUGGAGAGUCAGUACCAUCCUCCUCAGAGACUACAAAACAGGGUGACUUGCAUGAUAAAGUGGUACCUGAAACCAAAGAUAUCAAACGUAAAGAGAUUGAAGAGCUGCUAAAUUGUGUCGAUGAUGACAUAAUCAGUGCGCCUGUGGACCAAAACAGGAAGUUGAAUGUGAAGGAGGCUUCAGCCAUUCGUGGGACCUCUAGUGCAAUUAGACAAAGCCCAGAGAGACCAAAAGAGGAGCAUGAACUCAGUGAGGAGGAGAUACGGAAGAAAAACUACGAAGCAGAAGUGAAGUCAUGGCUGUUAGAGAGGAUACAGGCUCCAAUAGAAGACAUGCUUCUCUCAUCAGAAGAGAAGAGUAAAAAACCUCCCAUGUUCCUGUGCUUCAAAGUGGGAAAACCAAUGAGGAAAUCCUUUGCCACUGGGAUGACCUCUAGUCCAGUGCAUUUGUUUGGAGGCUGUGGAAAGCAGCCAGAGUACUGGUUCGCUGUGCCCCAAGAAAGGGUGGAUCAUCUGUAUGCAUUUUUUGUCCAAUGUUCUCCUGAUGUGUAUGGGAAGGAAGCUCGAGAGCAGGGCUUUGUUGUGGUGGAGAAGGAUGAACUGGACAUGAUUGAUAACUUCUUCAGUGAUCCUGCAUCUUGCAGCUGGGAGAUCAUCACCAUUAGUGAGGCUAGACGUCGGCAGAGUUUUGGCAGCUAUGACGGAGACCUGUCUAUGGAUGCACUGCCCACACUCAGUGAAACCAGUGAUGUGCUAGAGGACACACACAUUGAGAAGCUUGCCUGUCGCCUGCCAGCCCGUGCGCAGGGCUAUCCAUGGAGACUGGCCUACAGCACUGUGAAACACGGUACCAGUAUCAAGACUCUGUACAGGAACCUGGCAGACGUGGAGAGUCCUGUUCUACUGGUCAUCAAAGAUAUGGAUAAUCAGAUAUUUGGGGCAUUCUCUACACAUUCAUUCAGAGUGAGCGACCAUUUCUAUGGCACUGGAGAGACGUUUCUCUAUAGCUUCUGUCCUGAAAUCAAGGUGUUUCGCUGGACGGGGGACAAUUCUUACUUUGUGAAAGGCAGUACUGAUUGUCUGCAGAUGGGAGGAGGAGGUGGUCACCUAGGUCUGUGGCUGGACGCUGAGCUGUACCGAGGCACCACCACCAAAUGUGCCACUUUCAACAACCAGCCGCUCUCGACCCAGCAGGACUUCAACAUACACAGUCUGGAAGUCUGGGCCUUCGAGUAGGCCUUUCAGUUCCAGUUAAGUCUGCAUUCACUCUCAGCUCCACUACCCCAAACCUUCAAACGGCCCCAAGUAUAUUACAUACCAUAUGGAGGCAGACCUAGCUACCCCACGAUGACACUAAAUGCUGUGUGAGAAAAGACAGUUGACUGAAAACAGAACAGAAAUGGCAUUCUUCUGUAGCUGAUUUUGUUGUGGUUUUGACCUGCAGGUAAGGUGGCCAGUUGAUGCUGGUUCACCCUUUCUUCGUGUUCUUGCUCUCAGAUCGGUAACUGCCUUAGACAUGCAACAAUGGCUCA